GACCAUGGACACAACUCAUUUUUUGACCCCGUAUCACCAAUUACUCGGUAUUCUCUCAACUUGGGAUGAUGUCUCCACACUAAUUUCGUGAAUCUAAUCUCAUUCUUCCUCCGAAACAACAAUACUACACCAGAGAGCCGAGACGAUCAUGUCUCGUAUAAUAUUAUGUCAAUUUUUGAGAUUGCACAUGAAUGCUGGAAUUUAGGUUUCAAGGCUAAAACUGUGGCGUUUCUCGGUCGAUUUUUGUUUGGUGGAUCAAACAAUUGUUCAUUUUUUUUUAUACUUCAAAUGGUUUGGUUGGUCUUGAUCAUAUAGGACCAAACCAUACAAGUAUGGUUUGCGCUAAAUCACACCGUUUCUCAAUCAUAAUUCUAUCACAUAAUGUGACAGGUCGAUCGGAAUGACUACCUUAAUGAUAAUCGAUCCACCUUGAUAUGCAUCUCAAAGAAAUAUAAACUUAAAGAAAAAUAAAUAGUUAACAAAAUAAAUAUAAAAAUAAUAACGAAUUGAAUAAAACUAAUCAAAUCAAAAUUGGGAAAAAGAGAGGCAAGGACAACAUUCGAAUGAGAAGCCAAACAUUGUUUGACCAAGCAUCCUAUGUUCGUGUAUAUAUAUAAGUGGAGGCUAACAAAAACCAUAACCCUCAACCUCAGCUACUCUCUCUUUUUCCAGAAAAGGAAAAAAAGAUCUACUCUCUCCAUUCUCCAUAUUAAGGUGUGUUCCCCAGAUAUCGUUUUAGUUUUUCUUUUAAGAGUGGAUUACUCGUUGUUUUGAUUAGGAAUGAUAAUCACCAUUUAUAGGAUAAUUUUUAUGCAAAUUUCAAACUCAAGAAAAUCCAUUAAUUAUAGGUAGAAUAUGGGUCAAGCAGAUAUGAGUUUGGACCUUUGUUAGAUUGGCUUGAGAAGGGUAUAGAGAGUAGUUAUUAUAUUCUAAUUGGGUAGUAAUUUUAUCCAUUUUUUAUUAUUAUAACUACACAUAAAAAGUUCAGCCUUCUAUAAAUUUUUUGGUAUUAAAUUUAAUAAAAAAGUAUUUAGAUAUUAAAAUCUAAUUUUAUUAGACUUGCUUGAAAAAAAAAUCCAGGUACUAAAUUAUAAAAAAAACAUGUUCAUGAAUCUAAUUUAUUUAUCAUCUCUAAAAUGACGUGAUAGUUGACAUUAAUCAUUCUUGUCUUUUUUUUUUCAAUUGUUGUGAUUUGUUGUUUAAUUUUCAGAUUAUUGUUUCCUUUCUAUUUCCAUUGCAAUCAUGCAAGUACCAAUUAUGCAGUGUCUUCCUAUAAAAGGUGAAAUGAAAGGGCUAAAUAAUUUUCGACGUACAUGUAAUAAUGAAUAUAUAUAACAAUCUGUUUGGCAACAAGGAGGGUGCAAAUUCGCGAGAGAUGGUUAACAACGCGAUUCCUUCCUCUGAGAAUCAGUUUAAUUUCCUUUUUUUUUUUGUCAGGACCCCAAAACAAUGGUAACAACAAAAAGAGUCGACCUCCGAUCAGACACCGUCACCAAGCCCUGCACCGCGAUGAGAGCAGCAAUGGCGGCCGCGGAGGUAGACGACGACGUUUUGGGCAACGACCCGACAGCCCUGAGGCUUGAGGCCGAGAUGGCGAGAAUCACGGGGAAGGAAGCCGCACUGUUCGUUCCGUCGGGGACGAUGGGCAACCUCAUCAGCGUGCUGGUUCACUGCGACACCAGGGGCAGUGAGGUCAUUUUGGGAGACGGUUCUCACAUCCACGUGUACGAGAACGGCGGCAUCGCCGCCAUUGGAGGCGUGCAUUCGAGGACGGUGAAGAACAACGAGGACGGAACUAUGGAUUUGGAUGAGAUUGAGGCGAAGAUAAGGGACCCGAGGUUGGAGCUUCUGUAUCCGAAUACCAGGCUCAUCUGUUUGGAGAAUUCACAUGCCAACUCGGGUGGAAGGUGUCUGUCUGUCGACUACACGGAUCGAGUUGGCGAAUUGGCUAAGAAGCAUGGUCUGAAGCUUCACAUUGACGGGGCUCGUAUUUUUAAUGCUGCAGUUGCUCUUGGGGUUCCUGUUCAUAGGCUUGUACAAGCAGCAGACUCUGUUUCGGUUUGCCUGUCAAAGGGUUUGGGUGCACCAGUUGGGUCUGUGAUUGUAGGUUCAGAAAGCUUCAUUGCAAAGGCUAAGAUCCUGAGGAAAGCUCUGGGCGGCGGGAUGAGACAGGUCGGCAUCCUUUGCUCCGCCGCAUUGCUGGCGGUGCAAAACAAUGCGGCAAAGCUGGAGAACGAUCACAAGAAUGCCAAGACACUAGCCGUUGGGCUUAAUGAAAUCAAAGGACUGAAAGUGAAUGUUGCCACGGUAGAAACAAACAUCAUUUAUGUCCAUUUAGAGGAGACCUCCUGCCUCACAGCAGAAAAGCUGUACAAGAAGUUGCAGCAACAUGGUGUGGUUGUGGUGAUGUUAGGAGGUCCGUACAGCAUAAGGAUUGUCAUUCACCAUCAGAUCUCGGAGAGUGAUGUGCAGUACACGAUUUCGUGCUUUAAGCAAGUUCUAAAUGCCGACGUGCACAAGAGGAAACGGUAAUUAACUAGGGGUGAAAGAAGAAGAAAAAAAGAAAAGAAUAAGAAAUCGGCGUCACCCCGUUUCACUUGGAAAGUGUUGGCCAAGCUGGGAAAAUAAGUUGAUUUGUACUUUGUUUGUAUUUUGGGUGAUAAUAAAAUCACGUAUUUACACAUCACUUGGAAAGUGUCGUGACAAAUGCAAGACAUAUUCACAAUAUAUGUUAGUCAGUACUAUUCAUGAUAACUCAUUUCGAUGGAAAUCUCGAUCAUUUGAUUGCUAUUUGACGACGAAAAUUCGUAUUUAAAUCCUAAUGACUAUAAAACAAAAGAAUUGAAAUAACAACUAUGAACCGUCAAAUAAAGUGAUUAGUUAAUAAUUACAACCAUUAAAAAAAAAAUCUCACAAGUAAAUUAUUCCAUCUAAUCCGAUCAUAAGGAGCUCAAAAGAAAUCAACCCCACUCCCUUCCUCUCUGUUAAGAAACCAGAAAAGAAUACAGACUCGAGAGAAGGCCAUGGACAAUAUCUCCAUUUACAAUCCGAAACCAGCAUCCCUUUCUUUUCCAAUCAACAAUCUCCAUCAAACCACUAACCCGCAGUUAAUGUCUUGGUGAGUUAGAAGCGAAAAAAACGUAAACUUUUAAAAUUUAAAGUCGAGAUUUAACUACAAAUUGCAAGUAAAAAAGCUCAAUUCUACAUAGAAGCGUUUUGGUGUUGUAAAUGCACAAUCUUUUAAGUUCUAAACCGCUAUUUUAACUACAUUGAACCGUACCCCUCCAUUAACAAUCUCUCAAUAACAGGAACGAUCCCUAACAUGACGAAGAAGAAGCUCACCUGCCUCGCCGCCAAGCGGGUUGGAUCCGGUCCUUAAGCCUCAUUGUUUAAGGAGGUUCUUAAACCAUUUUUAUUGGCUGAUACUAGAUUAGGUAGUUAAUUAGGGGUUAGUAGUUCAUAGUUAGUUGGAAUAAAUAAGAUAUUAUAAAAAUAUAAUUAAUAUUACUCAUUAAUGAUUCUCUUUCUCUCUCCCCUUGAUCUUCUCCAUAACCCUCUCUCUCCACUACAAUUAAAAGAAAAUUCGAAACUAAUUUAAUUAAAUAUUAUUAUUUAAUAAAUUCAACUUAAUAUUUUUUAAAAUGAAAAUUAAAAAUAUAUGCUCUCUCUCUCACUUCGUGGCAACUUGCAAUACAGUAUUAACAUUUUGCAAUGACAUUAUCAACAUUUAUGAAAUGAAUCGUUAUUAUUAUACUUCAUCAUUAUUAACGACUUCAAUAUACUUAUCAAUUCCUUACAAUUACAUUAUUAACAAUUUUGGAUCAAUUGUUAUUGUUUUAUAGUUUUGUCAUCAACGCCUAUGAAUGAAUCAUUAAAGUUAGGUAACAUGGUCAUUAACAGUUUUAUACUAAUGAUUCACAUUUUCACAUCAUGUUUAUAACUAUCUAGUCAUGGCAUCUUCCAAUGAUUUCUAAUGACAUUAUUAACGUUUUAUGAUCAAUUAAUAUUGUUUUACAAUAUCAUUCUCAAUGAUCAUAAAGCACAAUACUGAUUUUCAACAUCUUGGGUACUAGUGACAUAGUGCACCUUUGUGAUUCAGUCAAACAAACAUUGUCCAGAAAAAUAUUAGCUCAAGCAAACCAACAUUCACGCCUCAACACCAAACUUUUAAUAACAAUACAAUAAAUCAUUGAUAACGAAAAGUACUUCGUUGAAAAUAAACACAAAACAUCAAUGUAAAAAUGUCCGACUUCAACAUUAUAAAUGACAUCAAACUUUUAAUAAAGACAGGGCCGGCCAAGAGGGUGUGCCGGCCCGCCCUCCGGCACAGGGCCUCCACUUAGAUUCGUUAGUUACCGAUCGAAUAUUGCAGGUUGUUUUUUUAGUGUAUGAUUGAUAGAUUAUGAAUAUGAUGACGAAUUUAAUAGAUAAUUUUAGCUAUAAUAACAAUUGAAAAGGAUCUCAUGGAGAAUACGAAAAUCAGAGAGAUAAUAGAUAAUUUUAAUUUAA